AUGGCUCAACAGCAGAACCAAACUUCAAGUGGAGUUUCCGAGGUCACGGUAGACACCUGUAACUUCCCACAAAUCCUGGAGCACUUUGACGACCACACACGUCUAAUAAACCCAGGCACCACAAGACUCGCAAUACCCUGCUACAUUUGUCAGCAUAAGGACCUCGCAAUCCUCAACAGCCGCUUCGACACAUACAGCAGAGCCACGCACGAGUUGUACGCAGUCUUGCCCCGGUGCGGACACCUGUUCGGUGCUGUUUGUAUAUACGACUGGCUGAUCCGAGGCACCGACCCACGCAAUCCCACCUGUCCGGUGUGCCGUGCAAGCAUCUUCUGCGGUGGGAACCACAUCGCCGCGCUCGAGAUCUAUGGACCUACAGUAGCUGACGAGCAAACCGAGGAAAUAGCGCAGAUCCGCCACGCUCUUGUGAAUAUCACGUGUCCGAGAUGCCCUCCAGAGACACCGGAUAUUAUGAUGAUAGACACGGAAUCACUUGAUCUGGGGGCACGAGUUCAGCUGCUAGAAGAGGAGGAGCGACAGCUGCUACAAGAGAGAAAUCAUAUUAGGGAAGAACUUAUGGAGUGGACUGAUGAGCGCGGAGCUUUUCUGGCAGACCCUAAUAGGGCGGAGGAAGACAUCGCGAGUAGGCUUGAGGCCUGGUAA